UUUCAGUUAUUUAGCUUGAUCUACAUGUCCAGCCCAUUUGCUGUAAAAGAAGAACCAGCCGAAGGGAGUGAUUUAAAUAGUGUCCACUACAGGAGAGUGAGCAGCAUUGCUUCUGCAACAAAGCCUUGAGUCAUUGCAUCUUGGGAAGAGAUGGCUGCUUCCUGGGGCACUAUCAUUUUCAUGCUGGUGAUACCCUGUGUUUGCAGUACUGUCUUCUACAGAGACCAGCAGACAUGGUUUGAGGGUGUCUUCCUGUCUUCUAUGUGCCCCCUCAAUGUCAGUGCCAGCACCUUGUAUGGAAUUAUGUUUGAUGCAGGGAGCACUGGAACUCGAAUUCAUGUUUACACAUUCGUGCAGAAAAUGCCAGGACAGCUUCCAAUUCUGGAAGGAGAAAUUUUUGAUUCUGUGAAGCCAGGACUUUCUGCUUUUGUAGAUCAACCUAAGCAGGCUGCUGAGACUGUUCAAGGGCUCUUAGAGGUGGCCAAAGGUUCAAUCCCUCGAAGUCACUGGAAAAGGACGCCAGUGGUCCUGAAGGCCACAGCAGGACUACGCUUACUGCCGGAAAAGAAAGCCCAGGCUCUACUAUUUGAGGUAGAAGAGAUCUUCAAGAAGUCACCCUUCCUGGUCCCAGAUGACAGUGUUAGCAUCUUGGAUGGAUCCUACGAAGGCAUAUUAGCCUGGGUUACUGUGAAUUUCCUAACAGGUCAGCUGCAUGGCCAUGGCCAGGAGACCAUGGGGACCCUGGACUUGGGGGGAGCCUCUACCCAAAUCACAUUCUUGCCCCAUUUGGAGAAAACCCUGGAACACACCCCUCAAGGCUACCUAACUUCCUUUGAGAUGUUUAACAGCACUUUUAAUCUCUAUACACAUAGUUACUUGGGAUUUGGAUUGAAAGCUGCAAGACUAGCAACACUGGGAGCCCUGGAGACACAAGGGAUUGAAGGACAUACCUUUCGAAGUGCCUGUUUACCAAGGUGGUUGGAAGCAGAGUGGAUUUUUGGGGGUAUGAAAUACCAGUAUGGUGGCAACCAAGACGGGGUGAUGGGCUUUGAGCCCUGCUAUGCUGAAGUGCUGAGAGUGGUGCAAGGCAGACUUCAUCAGCCAGAGGAGAUCAAGAGAAAAUCCUUCUAUGCCUUCUCUUACUAUUAUGAUCGAGCUGCUGACACACACAUGAUUGAUUAUGAAAAAGGAGGUGUUUUAAAAGUCAAAGAUUUUGAAAGAAAAGCCAGAGAAGAUUUCAUAAAAAUCACUACUACUAAGAUGUUUGGAUUUAACGUGUUGUUAUAUCUGUCAAGAAUAUGUGAACUCUCUCUCUUUCUUUCUCUCUUACAGCUCACAAAAAAAGUGAACAACAUAGAGACCGGCUGGGCCUUGGGGGCCACCUUUCACCUGUUGCAGUCUCUGGGCAUCUCCCACUGAGGCCAAAUCCCCUCAAGUCUGUAUUCACUCUUUUUUAAGGGGAGGAGAGAAGACACAGUUCAGUUUCCAGGCUAGUGUGAGGAUAGCCUGUACUAAAGCCCAGGAACUGGUUUUAUGAAGUAGGGGCUUUUUAUACAUGGAUUGUGCCCUGGAGCCUAGAGAUUUAGGUUUAAUUUUAUACAUCUAAUGUGAAUUGUUACCUAACCACUUUGGGGUACAUAGCUGGCACUAGAGUCUUGAUUCUUUGUGUGUUACAAAGAAUCUGUGAGCAAAAAAAACCCAAACAAAACAAAAAACAACUUUGGAACUCACUCAGCCUUGGAGAACUCAGGGUCCGGUUCCCUGGGAACCAAAGAAAAAUAUCAUCCAACGCUUAUAGUGCCUCCUUCUUUUGAACAUUUAAAUUGUCCUCUUAGAUGCAAAAUUAGUUCAAUCACAUGACCGAUCAAUACAAGUAUAUAUUUUUCUUCACCCUCCAUGUCUGUAUCCCCUUAAGAGAAAAAAAACUGGUAUU